AUGGAUUUUACCUCGGACCUGUAUGCUGAUGAUGGGGAUAUACCAUCUACAUCUACCAGAGGUACUUCUGGAAGGAGCAGCGACCUUGUGAAUAAUGAGGAACUUGAGUUAGUCCGACUACAAGAAAGGAAAGUUUCGCUAAUAGCUCAGCGUGAGGAAUUGUUGGCAGAAGUGACCAAGCAUCAACAGAAGUUAAUUGAUUUUAGAGAGAAUCCUAGCUUAGAAUUAAAAGGCACCGAGAAAUCUAAGAAACCGGUAGAUCUUGUACAUUUACCAAAUGAUCCAGGAUCACUGCUUGAAUUGUUCACUAAAACAUUACCGAUUGUCAAUAGCAUAAAGCGGCAGAAGAAGGUCGAUGAAAUAGAUGUUAUCAAUGGCAAUUCCGAGUUAGAGGACGAGCUUGCAGCAAAAUACGAUGCUCUUCCUUUGUUGAACAGUGACUUAAGACUAAAAAUGUUAAGAAGGUCUUGUCCCUAUAUGAAGGUCGAACUACUAAAACCACCUUCUGUUCAGAUACUUUACCUAUCUGAGACUGAUUUAGAUUCCAAAUUUACUUUAGGAUAUGAAGUUGAUAUUGAUACUAAUAACGGGAAAGUAUUAUCGUUGGAGAAUUUAAAAGUCUCAGACAACAUCGUCUCUGAUUUCGAAGUAUUACUUGACUACGCAACAUCUACAUUAAAUAUAGGUUAUCUUUUGUUCGGUUGCAAUGAAUUCGCAAGACUUUGUGUCUCUAGGAAAACUGUCCUAUCUAAUUUAAAACAGUCGGUCCUCAAUUCCAUCUCUCAUAUCGAAGUGAUUGAUGAAAAUGAGCAGAGUAUAAAACUUGCUAAAUUUGCUUGGAAAAUAAAGGUUGAAUACUCAAUUAGCUUCAUUACCGAAACGCUACCGAGUCCAUGUUCUCAAAUCUUCGUUACCUUGUAUAAGAAUGGCCAGAAGACGAAAAGCGUACAGGACAUAGUCAACGGCAUGAUUAAGGAAUACGGCGUUGUUGGAGGAAUCGUAGAAUUUAUCAAAUCAUUAUUUAUAUAA